UUUUAUUUUUUAUUUUCUUAUAUUAAAAAAAUGAAAAAAAAUUCCCACAAGUAUACGAACGUUAAAACCGCUCGCUCGUUCGCUAAUCCCUCCUUCCGCUUACCCUUGCUCUCACCCUCUCCCUUACCCCUCAUAUAUAUUUUGUAAUUCCCGGCGAUUUGUCACAUUCUCAACACACAACCAUCACAAUUUUCUCUCUCCUCUCAAAUUCUCUCUUCUCUUCCUCAACCCAACCAAACCAAACCCCUCUUCAAUUCCCUCUCAUUCACCCACCUUCGUUACUCCCCUCAACAAUUAAUGGUGAUUUCUGCCGGCACGGCGGAAUACGGCGACCGACACCGCAGACCACAACCAACGCCGUCACCGGAACAACAACAACCUCAAAAACACAAUCUAAUGGCGGCGAUGAUGGUUCCAGAACGAUCCAAAGGAACUCUAACUCUCCCCAAUUUCUCCUCCCUCCCCUGCUUCAACGUCACCUGGGGUCGCCGCGUUCAGCUCCGCUGCGUCAAGGAAGACACCCCAGUCGAUCACCAAAACGACGCCGUUGACGGCGGCGACUCCGAGUUCAACCACCGUCGGAAGCGGAGAUCCAGUGACGACGACAAUGGUAAGAUUGGGAUCGAAGGAUUAGGGGAGAAACUCAUACUUGAUUUUCGGGCUCAAGUUCAUCAGAUGCAAGCCGCCUUUCUUCAAAAAUCCGACGUCGUUGUUCCGCCGACGACGGCGGAACAGACCAGACCUUGGAAUUUGAGGACUAGAAGGGCUGUUUGUAAGGAGCCUAACAAUCUUCCCGCUUCUUCGGAUCGGAAAUAUAUUUCUUCUUCUCCGGUGGCUAAAUCUCCGGCGAGGAGAAACUCCAGUGAAGUUUGCGCCGGUGAAAAUGGCGGUGAACCUCCGAGAGCGAAGUUUUCCGGGACUCUCUCUAAGCAAGAAAUUGAAGAGGAUUUUAUAGCGAUGUUGGGUACUCGGCCCGCUCGUAGGCCCAAGAAACGGCCCAAAUACGUUCAAAGGCAAAUCGAUGCAGUUUUUCCCGGGUAUUGGUUAUCGGAGAUAUCAGCUGAUAUGUACAAAGUAAACGAACAGCCAAAAACUGGAUAAUUUUGAAUUAGUACUGUGGGGAGAAUUGGUUGCUAGUCCAGUGUAGAUAUAUGGAGGGAAGAAUUUUAGUUCCUGCUGACAGAAAAUGGUAAACUUUACAAGAUUAAUCAGAGGUGUUGUUUAGAUUCGAUCAUCGUCAUCAUCUAUGUGCUCUACUGGCCGGGAAUUUAACGCAAGUUUCGAAUUUUCGGGUUUUUUGUUGUUGUUGUUGUUGAUGUUAGUACAGUUUAUAUGAAUAGAGAUGCUAAUAUUUGGUUACUACUAUAUAGAGAUUCUUAUGUUUUUGGUUUUGGAAUAAGAGUGGUUUAUUCAUUAAUGAAGAAAUCGAAAUUUGGUUUA